CUUGUUCAUUUUCUCAUCCCGACAAAGCCUUUUAGAUCCUCCGAUAAUACCUCUCACUCUCCCCACUCCAUUUUUUUUUUAAAGCUUUGCCUAAUUUAUCAACAAGAAGACUUACUAAUUUGCGCCUGGGGGGUUACACUACGCACCCCAAUUUUCAUCUUCUCCCUUUCUACCUCACAUCACAGUAGUCUCUAUCUUUCACUUUCACUCCCUCAAAGUCUUUACACACUAUAAUUAUAACCCCAAGCAUUUUCAAACACGCACACUCACUUACACUCUAGGGUUUUAAUAAAUAUGCACACUAAUUCUUAAUCACGAAUGUGUAUAUAGUUGAAAUGGAUCCACCUAUUAUUAAUGAGUCAUCAUUCUCAGCGGCUAACCCUUCUUCUUACAGUUUAGCUGAGAUUUGGCCGUUUUCCGGUGGUGGAAAUGGUGAACUUGGUGGAGGAGGUUUAGGUUUGAGAAUGAGCAGUUUUACGGGUUUGUUAGAAGCUGCUGCAAAUUCAAUUAAUGAAUCUACUGUGACAGAGCAGAGUGGUGGUGGUGUGAGGAAGAGAGAGAUGAAUUUGGAGGAUGACUCAUCUAAACUCGUGUCUACUAGUAAUACUAAUGAUUUGGAUGGUUCAGUGGCCAAACGCCUGAAAGCAUCCCAAUCCUUUAAAGAAGAAAAUGGCGCUUCAAAGGUAGAAGCAGAAUCAAGUUCCCAGACGGCUAACAAGGGUACUGAACAAAGUAGUAAACCUGAGCCACCUAAGGAUUACAUCCACGUAAGGGCUAGAAGGGGUCAAGCUACUGAUAGCCACAGUCUAGCAGAGAGGGCAAGGCGAGAAAAGAUUAGUGAGAGGAUGAAAAUUCUGCAAGAUUUGGUUCCUGGAUGUAAUAAGGUUAUUGGAAAAGCCCUUGUUCUUGACGAAAUAAUAAAUUAUGUCCAGUCACUCCAGCGUCAAGUUGAGUUCUUGUCCAUGAAGCUUGAAGCGGUCAAUUCAAGGAUGAACCACCCUAUAGAAAACUUCCCUUCAAAAGAUCUAGCACUGUCAGCAUUUGAUGCCACUGGAAUGAUUUUCGGCGCACAAGCACCGAGAGAAUAUGCUCAAGGGGCACAAUCCGAAUGGCUCCAUAUGCAGGUUGGCAACAGCUUUGACAGAGCAACAUGACAGAUACCCUAAUGAAUUGGAACAUAAGUUAUUCAUGAACAUUAGCCUUCCAAUUCACCAUGAUGUCUUUUAGGGAACCUUGUCAUUGGAUCCAGCAACUGUCCAGCAGCUGUGUUCCACUAUAGAAGAAGCAUUCUUAAAUAUGUAAUCAUAAUCACCAGCAUUUCCAGUAGAAUUGUCUGUUUUAUCUUUGUAUGAUCAAGGUCGUCUAACUCAAGUGUAUUUGUACUAUGUUGUAUUGGUUUAAGAAAUAGACUACGCAGACUUUCUUGCUGUA